CACUUCUUUGUUUGUUUUUGCGGGUGAUGAGCCUCAUUACUGUACCACCACCAUGACCAUCGACACCCCCCCGGCCUGCGUCGCCGACUUUUGUCUAGUCCCAAUUGGAACCGCCUCCGCCUCCGUCUCACACGAGGUUGCCCACGUCCAACGCUUCCUCCGCGACUGCGGCCUAAAGUACUCAAUGCACUCGGCCGGCUCGACCUUGGAGGGCCCGUGGGACGACGUCAUGCGCGUCAUCGGCCAAUGCCACUCCCUCAUCCACUCCAACGGCGUCGUGCGUAUCCAAACUGACAUCCGCAUCGGCACCCGCACCGACAAGAAGCAAUCUUUCGAGGACAAGGUCUCGGCCGUAGAAAAGCUGCUGGCCGCCGACAACAACAACGACAACCAAUGAUGAUGACGACACUACCCCUUAACCCCUUUACCCAAUCCGGCACCCGACGAUGCUGGAGGCCUGGGUGACGAACGAACAGGGCAGGCUGCGGAGACGUAUAUAGCCAUAUAACCACCUCUCCUUAAAAUUACUCGCUGAAAUAGGCCUCUCGCUCGCU